UUCUGUUCACAGUGUUUACACACGCGCUCACGCCGCGCUACACUACUCUGCGCCCGCGCAUGUUACAUCUCUACUAUUCCUUUGUUUCGCUUGCACCGUAUAUAAACUACAAUGCCGACUCCAGACUAUAGCGUGGAAUUGGAGCUGGAACCGCCCUCUACGGAACUUGAGGAGUACGCCAAGCAGCACUGUGGUGAAGACCCCAAUACUCGUUUGCAAGCUAUUUAUGAGUUAAAAGAUAUCAUUUAUGAGCGCGGAGAAUGUAUGCCACAUCGUAUGGACGACGAAUUUUUAAUCAGAUUUCUGCGGGCGCGCAACUUCAUACCACAGAGGGCCCAUAGACUGGUGGUGAAUUAUUACCAGUUCAAGGAAGAGAACCCGGACUUAUUUGAGAAUAUUUAUCCUCUAGACCUGCGUUACAUAGGAGACGCUAAUAUUAUAUCCGUACCACCUUAUAGAGAUCAAGAUGGUCGAAGAAUAUUGCAAUUUAGAAUAGGUUGUUGGGACCCCAAAGUAGUUUCAGUAGACGAUCUCUUUAAAGGUGCUAUCAUGGCUUUAGAACUGGGAAUGUUAGAACAACGCAAUCAGAUAUUGGGAGGGAUUGCCAUAUUCGAUCUGCAGGAUAUUGGUACACAGCAUGCGUGGCAGGUCACGCCGUCUGUUGCUGCUAAGUUAGUUAAGCUUCUGGUGUCCUGUUUCCCAGCAACAACACACGCAAUCCACGUUAUAAACCAUUCGUGGUUGUUCGACAAAAUGUACAACAUCUUCAAACCAUUAUUAAAUUCCACAAUGCGAUCUAAGAUCUACUUCCACGGGUACGACGUGGCCUCUCUCCACAAGCAUAUACUCCCCGACCACUUGCCAGAGCGAUACGGGGGUAUAUGGCCGGACUAUUCUUAUACCAUCUGGUUGGAUUCCUUAACCAAGAAUUACUACGUGGCCAAGGAAAUGAUAGCCUGCGGAUAUAAGUUUCGUGAAAAGGAACUGUGUCCUGUAGUGGUGAGGAAACUCCAAGAAGAUAAUAUAGAGUUAUCCUUAAAGUAGGACAAAGUUCAAAGUAUUUCGUGUAGACAUUCCGUUUAAUCUCGUUUUGUUUACUUACCUUCCAUCUAUUGCGUUCAAUUUUAAUUUCUUGACGAUUUUAUAGAGAUAUUUUAAUAUAGUGAUAUAACAACUUAUUGCUUUUUCUUUUAAUUGUUAUUGUAGUAAUUCAUGUGAAUAUUAUAUUAUUAAAAUUUUAUUAGGUUCACGGGGUACUAUAUUUAAGUUAGAUUAAAACACAAAAUAGGUACAAGUUAAAACGGUACACUAUUAUAUAGAAGAUUCAAAAUUUAUUUUGUUAAUAUUUAUUUAAUAAGUAAUAGUAAUAGGUAGUAGAGAUUAAAAUGUGGAUUCCAAUUGAGCUGCUAGGAAAUCUUCCAUCAGGAUCAUUAUAUUUACUCAUAAGUAAUCAAAUAUGUCUUAGAUAUAACGAUAAAUAUGUAACACGAUUUAUUUUGGGUAAUAUUGUUACAUGUCAAUCUGUCAAUUUGCGUGACUAAUGAUAAAAGUACUUUGUAGAGAAAUGUAUGUGAGUUUUUAAGGAGAUAUUCUCCAAAUGUCUUCCACAAUUUUAUAAAAUAUGUAUUAUUCUCUGUCUCUACGACAUUUAUGUACUUAGCAAAGUUAAUCUGCACUUAAUCUUAUGAAGUAAUCAGCGAUGACUAGAAAUAAAGGAUUUAUGUUGUAGAUACAAAGAAAUAAUAUAAAAUCCUACACUAGGCCACCUGACUGAUGAAGCUAAUACCAAUAUUAUAAGUUUACUUAAAAUUGUAACAGACAGACAGAUAGACACACUUUUUCAUUCAUAAUGAUUGUGUGUAUUAAUUUAAGAACGGCAGUGGCUUUUAUUGCAAUACACCGAAAAAAUGUACGGAAUUAAAUUAAAAUGUCUCUACUAUAGGAUAAUUCAGUGUUAGCUUAAUAUCAGGUAAUAUUAAUACGAUUAUUUAGAUAUAUGUAUCCCCCACUCUUAUUUUACUAUUGUUAGCUUUAGUUAUAAGAAUAUUGACAAUAUACGUAAAUCUAAAUAUAACAUUUAUAGUAAAUAUUGUAACAAUUUUAUUGCAUUGUCAAUCAAUCGUUUCUAUGUAAGUCCAUGUUAUAUAAAUAUUGACUGACUUUUAUUAUUUAAAACUUAAGCGGGUGGUAUGUGCAGGAUUUAAAUAAUACGAAUUUCUAUCAAAUAUUUUUUUCUUUCGUUUACCUAUUAACAUGUUUGUUCUUAUACAUUAGUUUUAACAUAGUUUCUGUACUACUGAACUAAUCUAUAUAAUGAAAUUUUAAAGAAAAUGUAAACUACGUAUAUAGUUGCUUUCCGAAUUUUCGGAAUUCUUAAUGAAAUUUCUUUAUACUAUCGGACAAAUUAUAGAGUCACACUAUGCUUUUAUUACUAUGUUAUACUAUACCAUACUGCAAUACCUGUUACAUGAAAUUUGUCUGUCUUUAGUUAAAAGAUAGUAUAUAUCAGUCCUCAUGAUACAAUCUGUCCUCACGCCAUAUUUCAUUAUGGUCCAUUCAGGCCUUUCAGUCGAAAAAACGUAACAAACAGGCAAAUUAUUAGUAUGAAUUGUAAGCAUUAUUUAAUAAGCUAAACUUUGUUAUUAGAUUUUAAGUAGAUGUAAUUUAUAAAAUAAGAAUACAAUUCGUCAAAAACCUGUGAUAAACUAAUUAGCUAGAUCGAACAAAAUCGUUGUUGACAA